AUGUCAUUUACUGUCAAGCAAUUUCGAGGCAUCAAGGAUAUCCCGCCUGGCCCUCACUUCGUCUGGGUCACUCACCCCGAGAGCGGUGCUGUCCGAACCGGCUUCUUCAUCAUGGCUUCUGGCGCGCAGCAAGUCCAUGUUCUUCAGUGGGACAAGUUCCAUGAGACCAUUUCCGAGCCCUCGCGGGCCGAGGCCCGAUUCCAGGCUCAAGGCCUCGACACUUGCUACCAUCUGCUUGUCCCGUACAACGACCCGUCACUGAUCAACUCGGAGCUGGACAAGCGCGACGGCCUCACGCAGACAACUCUCAACUGGAAAUCCAAAAUGUGGAAGCGGCUGUCCGGGUGCAUCAACCAGCGGGUGCUUGUCCGCGUCAUCAGGCAGCAGAUCACCAGUUGGCAAGUCGACACCACGGAUCGCGUUCAGGGGGCCUUGAACGUGGCCGCAGAGAUGGAGCUUGACCGGAGCCUGCCGAAGAAUUAUCUGCAGUCAAAGGAGCUUAGGUUCAGCUUUCCGCAGAACGCCAAGACGUAUUCUGCUGAUGUUGUUGGUGCCGAUCGAACCCUGGCGGCCACGGAUGCGACAUCCUACGUAAUGUCCGUCAUGAACGACCCCAAGAAGGCGUUGUCCGAUGACGACGUCGUUGCAGAGCUCCAGUUGGCCUUUAUCAUCGGAGUGCACCUUGGAAACCACGCCUGUAUCCAACAGUGGUGGCACAUGGUGCUCAAGCUGGUCCUCAAGGCCUUUCUGUUGCCGGAGCUCCGCCCGGUCCUCGCCGCCAAACUGCUGCAGACCCUUGCCGCGCAGCUCGAAUACAGCUCCCGCUGGCUCGACGAGACCAUCCUGGACCCCAACGAGCCCAACAGCAACGAGCUGCGCCUCGCCCUCAUCAUCUACAAGCGCAGGCUCGAAGAGGUCCUUGAGGGCCUCGGCGCUGAAGCCACAAAGGAACAGCUUGCCGUCGGCACCGCCUUCGCCAAGAUCGAGUCGGAAGCCGUCGGCCUCGGAUGGGAGCUGGACGGCGACUACCUCCGCAAGGGCAAGGUGACUCUGGAGGACGGCGAGGAGGUGGACGUGGAAAUGGCCGAGCUGCAGGCCGAGGACGAGCGCGGCGAGUGGGCGCCCGAAGUUGUCGAGCUCGACGAGAAUGGUCGUCAACUGGACCUGGUGUCGUGGCACGACUAG